AUGACCGAUCUUCUAAAAACAAAGGUCCAUGGCAUCAUCAGGCGAUCUAGUUCAUUUAACACAGGGCGUAUCGAACAUUUAUAUGAUGACCCAAAAUCACACAGGGAGGGGUCCAUGAAGCUCCACUAUGGUGACCUUACAGACAGCACAUGUUUGGUGAAGAUUAUCAGUGAAAUACAACCCACAGAGAUCUAUAACUUAGGAGCUCAAAGUCAUGUGAAGGUUUCCUUUGAUCUAGCUGAGUAUACUGCCAAUGUAGAUGCUGUAGGAACACUGCGCAUGUUGGACGCCAUACGCACAUGCGGGCUGACCGACACUGUGCGUUUUUACCAAGCUUCCACUAGUGAAAUGUAUGGCAAAGUACAGGAAGUGCCCCAGAAGGAAACAACACCAUUUUAUCCAAGGUCCCCUUAUGGGUGUGCCAAACUCUAUGCAUACUGGAUCAUUGUGAACUACAGGGAGGCAUAUAACAUGUUUGCUUGCAAUGGAAUUCUGUUUAAUCAUGAGAGUCCAAGGAGAGGUGAGACAUUCGUGACAAGGAAGAUCACCCGCGCUGUGGCCAAGAUAAUGUUGGGACAGCAAGAAAUCCUAGAGCUGGGUAAUCUGAAUGCCACCAGAGAUUGGGGACAUGCUAAAGAUUAUGUGGAGGCCAUGUAUCUGAUGCUCCAGCACGACACCCCCGAGGAUUUUGUCAUAGCCACGGGACAGACAACCAGUGUACGCGCUUUUGUGGAGGCGUCAUUUAGACACGUUGGUGUGGAAAUAGUAUGGGAAGGCAAAGGAGAGAAUGAAAUAGGCAGAGAUAAAGCCACAGGCAUAGUGAGGGUCAGAGUGAACCCCAAGUACUACAGGCCUACAGAAGUUGACGAGCUAUUAGGAGACAGUACAAAAGCUAGGAAAUUGCUCAACUGGAGACCUAAGUAUGAUCUAGAUGGUCUAGUGAAAGAAAUGGUCGAUUCAGACGUAGCUCUGAUGAGGACCAAUCCAACAGCUUAAUAGUUUUUGAUGGUGGGUGUGUCUUUGUCUUCUGAGCAGCAUGUCAGCUGCAUGCCUUGUUUUACCUCUGUGAUGGGAUAUUGCAAAUCUUUUGCAGAUAAUACAUGCUUGAAAUGUCUAUUUAUAGUGUAGAAAUUCAAUUAUCUCUGCAUAUUUUCUGGUUUGGCUUUUUAACCUGAGAUUUUUCUUGGUUAUCCUUGAUAUCUUUCCCUAGUUGCAGUAAUAAUUAGCAAAGAUUGUACAGAAAUUAAAAUUAAUUUUCUAAAGGGUUUGUCUUGAUUUAUCACCCUCUAGUGGCAAUAGAAUGAAGCACAAUUCCAUAUAACUGGCGGAGCAUGAUUAUCGUAUUUUGUUAUGUCACUGUACAAAGCAGAGUCAUCCCUAGCAAUAUUUUAUUACUAACCCUUGUAAAAAGCUGAUUUUUAUAAGACUGAUUAAUUUACAGCACUGAAAUUCUCCACACACCCGACCUUGCUUUAAGAAUGUCUCUUUUGGCAUCAAUGAGUACAGAAUAAAUGCAUGUUUACAGCUAGCACAUUGCUGAAACAUGAAAAUUAUUGUUUUAUUUUAUGAACACUGGAUCAGAUAGUCAGAGUAGAACUAGAAAUAUAUUAGUUAGUUGCUAGUUGUCUUUGCGAAGGUUUUUUUUCCUUUGCUAUUUUGAUUGUUUACAGCCUUACUCAAAAAGUUUUGGAUGGAUUUUGCUGAAAUUUUCAGGGUGUGUCAGAAGCUGCCUGACUUAGAAUAAAUUAUUUUUAGUGAUAAUCCAUUAUUUUAUUAAGAAAUAAUAAAUAUGAAAAUUGAGCUGCCUUGGUGGAAGCUUGCACUCUCCGAGUACUUUUCCAGUUGAAUUUUUAUUACCAUACUUUAAAAUAAUCAUGGAAUGAUAUUUUUGCUUUGGCUGCAAAUUAUUGGUUGGGUAUUUAUUUAUUUGUUUGUUUGUUUUGUCAAAGUUGAUGUAGAUCAUUUGGUUGAUAGUGAAAGCUUUGUUAACUUGGCAUUUAGCCUGAAUGCUUUUAUAAAUUAUGCAUGAGAAAAAUGGUUCAAAGAAAUGCUGCAGAAAGCUAUAUAAGAGUUAUAGUAUACAUAACCAAAUGACAGAUGAAUAAGCAUCGUGGGUUUUUAACUUAAAAAAAGCUUUAGAAUGGUAUUGCUUU